UGAUUUUCUCCAAUGGGGAUUUGCAUCUUUUGUUUCCCAUUUCCAUCCCUUUUAUAACUCACCUCCCAUUUCUCCUUUUCCUCAACAUUCCAAUCUUCUUUUCUGGGUGUAUUUUGCUUUGUUGAAUUCAUCAUAUCUUCUUCACUAAUCAUGGUUAUGGCUGCUUCCGAGACUAAAUUCCAUGUUCUUGCUGUUGAUGAUACCCUGAUUGAUAGAAAGCUCAUUGAAAAGCUUCUCAAGACUUCUUCUUAUCAAGUUACUGCAGUGGAUUCUGGAACCAAGGCAUUGGAGUUUCUUGGAUUGAACAACAAUGAUCAUCAAGAUGUUAAAGUGAACUUGAUCAUCACAGAUUACUGUAUGCCAGGGAUGACAGGCUAUGAUCUCUUACGAAAAAUCAAAGAAUCUUCAUCAUUCAAAGACAUACCAGUUGUCAUCAUGUCUUCGGACAAUAUCCCAUCAAGAAUCAACAGAUGCCUUGAAGGUGGAGCUGAAGAGUUCUUUUUGAAGCCAGUUCAAUUAUCAGAUGUAAACAAGCUGAGGCCUCAUUUGAUGAAAAGAACGCAAACAAAUGUAAACAAGAGAAAGGCGAUGGAUGAAAUUGUGUCCCCUGAUAGAACGAGGGCAAGAUACAAUGAACUGGAAGUGAAUUGAAUCACCAAAUUCAUCAAUAUUUUCUGAUUUAUUAUUAGAUCAUCAAUUAGGGAAAAGAAAUUCUGGACUCUCUCUCUUUGCUUAACCAAAAUCAGUGUAUAGGAAAGAGGAGAGAGGCUAUGUAAAUCACCAUAAGGAAGAAAUAUAGCUCAAUUUUUUUGAAAUGAA